GACGAGCGGUUAACAGCCGCAGAGCGAACGUUUCAAUGGUGUCGCCCGACCAUACGGAAUGAUCACUUCGACGACAAGCACCCGACAGACCAGGAAGCUUCCGCACAGCGCGGGGAAGCGCUUUUUUAUAAACAUCCAAAAUGUAGGAAUGAAACAUCUAAGCAUUUAGAUCAUUUCAGAAACCAUGUUUGGUCUGUCCACAAAGUCCUCUUGAGA